GUCAGAGAAAAGACCAUCUGUGGAAGCAAGUGACCGUUUUCAGCUGCCACGUCAGCUCCCCUGCUUUCCUUCUUCGCAACCUUCCCGAAAUCCCUCAACACACUCACCGCCGUAUUCAGUUGAUUUUCCGCUGCGUUUCCUUCCAUUGAUUCUCUCUCUCUCUCUCUCUAGAAGUUUGUCCAUUUCACUAUCACAGAGCCAUGAAUAUCUUCAGGUUUGCUGGGGAUAUGACCCACUUGAUCAGUAUUCUGGUUCUUCUACUCAAAAUCUACGCCACCAAAUCAUGCUCAGGGAUUUCGCUCAAGACUCAGGAGCUGUACGCGCUGGUUUUUCUGACUCGCUAUUUGGAUUUGUUCACGGACUUCAUAUCCUUGUACAACACUUUGAUGAAGCUUGUGUUCAUAACGAGCUCUCUGGCGAUCGUCUGGUGCAUGAGAGGUGACCCUGCUGUGAGGCGAACCUACGACAAAGAGAUCGACACAUUUCGCCAUUACUUUCUUGUUCUGGGAUGCUUUGUUUUGGCGCUUCUUCUUCAUGAGAAGUUCACUGUUCAAGAGGUCCUCUGGGCAUUUUCAAUAUACUUGGAGGCAGUUGCCAUUAUUCCUCAGCUAGUUUUGUUGCAACGAAGUGGGAAUGUGGACAAUUUGACAGGGCAAUAUGUGUUGUUUCUUGGAGCCUAUCGUGCAUUCUACAUCCUCAACUGGAUUUAUCGCUACCUGACUGAAGCACGUUUCACUCGAUGGAUAGCUUGCAUCUCUGGUCUGGUUCAGACAGCUUUAUAUGCAGAUUUCUUCUAUUACUAUUUUAUAAGCUGGAAAAACAAUGCAAAGCUUAAGCUGCCUGCCUGAUCCAAAGAGGGAUUGAUUCUAGCUAAGGGUUUUUUUCACAGCCUGAUUUGUAACAGGAUACAAGAAGGGGAUACACCACUGAGAGCUUUCACUUGAUACAGCGACCCCGAACUGUAUUAAUCGAGGGGGAAAGGUUUAGGUUUUUUGUCUAUCUCAAUUGGCACCUUCUUACAUUUAGACUAAUGCGAUUGUUCACUUUGUGAUUAUAGCUUUUCAUGUUGUGUUAGUGAGUAUGCUCAUCAGUUGUAAAGACGUUUGUCUAGAGGACGAAAUUGCAGAAUUUGCCAACAUCAUGCCUCAUUUUUAGGGGCAGGCUGAAAAUUAUACCAACUUUUUAAAGUUUAAAAAAAAAAAAAAAAAUCUACAGAAUAUGAUUAACCAAAU